AUGGACCCCGACACUUCCAUGUCUGUCGACUCGCCUAGUGGUGAAAAACCAUCACGCUCACAGCUGAAAUGGACAAACGACAUGGAAAUAGCCUUCAUCACCACCAUGAAGCGUGAACAGGGCGCUCCUACAAAAACNGUGCCUUCUGGCUUUACCAAAGACGCUUAUAAACGCGUCGCUGAGAUUAUAAAGGACAAAUCAUCGCAGCCUGACUUGUGCGAUGACAUCCGCAUGAAGAACAAGUUGGGUGCUUUGAGGAAUGACUGGCGUACCUAUGUGAAUCUGCUCAACAUGCCAUGGCCUCGAUUACCCAAUGGCUUGCCCACAAACACAGAUGACGUCCUAGAGAGUUACUACAAAGACCAAGACCCAAACGCCAGAAAGUUUCGGGCUGCUCCUCUAAGGCAUUAUGAUGAGUUGACUGAUCUGUUCGAUCCCGAACAUCUCAUCUCACAGCGCUUGGCUACAGAAUCUGUAUCUCGACCUGCCGAAGUGCCCGCUACUCAUCACCAAUCCGUUCCUCUGCCACAUUCUCCUUACGGCUCUGUGGCGCCUCAGGAACAAUCGUCUACUCAGCUUCAUGGUUUACAGGAUACUCCGGCAGACAACAUCAACACUCCCUACACUCCCCAGUACCCAUCACUUUCUCACACAGCAUCCAAGCGCCCUGCCGAGUCAUCCCUAUCCAAUCAGGCUAAACGAAUUCUGAUGGGCGACUCCCUACCAGAACCACGACCUCACGAUACUGUACGAACCUAUUAUGGCAAUACAUCACAGAUCUCUCCGGUCGCAGCUGCCACUGCCCUUUUAGAGCCACCUUCUCAUCCUUGCCUACCAAACAAAGAGCUAUCGUUGUAA